CACCAUCGCUUGUGUGAGCAGUCAACUCUCGGAUGUAAACGAGACGAACCAAUUUUGCCGAAAAGAACAAUCUGUCGGACAGUGCAAGAAAAAGAAGACGACCUCCAUUUUCACGAAGGAAGUCGCGCAGUUCGUGCGAAGAAGUUGUAGGAACCCCAUUACUCAACGACGACCGUGGAACUUUAGGCGUUAGUUCAGCAGUACUCUAAAUCCAGCAGCAGCCGCAAACAACAACGAUGUCGAUGAUUUCUGCCCGUCUGGCGGCCUCGGUGGCCCGCAGCCUGCCCAGAACCGCGACCCAGGUUGCCAAGAUUGCCGUUCCGGCCGUUUCGGUUGCCGCUCGCAACUUCCACGUCUCCACUGCCAACCGUGGCGCCGAGAUCUCGGCCAUCCUCGAGGAGCGCAUCCUCGGAGCGGCCCCGAAGGCUGACCUGGAGGAAACUGGCCGUGUGCUGAGCAUCGGUGACGGUAUUGCCCGUGUGUACGGUCUGAAGAACAUCCAGGCCGAUGAGAUGGUGGAGUUCUCCUCCGGCCUUAAGGGCAUGGCCCUUAACUUGGAGCCGGAUAACGUCGGUGUGGUCGUGUUCGGUAACGACAAGCUGAUCAAGGAAGGCGACAUCGUCAAGCGUACCGGUGCCAUCGUCGACGUGCCGGUCGGUGACGAAAUCUUGGGCCGCGUCGUUGAUGCCCUCGGUAACGCCAUCGACGGCAAGGGCGAAAUCAAGACGAAGCAGCGCUUCCGUGUCGGUAUCAAGGCCCCGGGUAUCAUCCCGCGUGUGUCCGUGCGCGAACCGAUGCAGACCGGUAUUAAGGCCGUCGAUUCGCUGGUGCCGAUCGGUCGUGGUCAGCGUGAGCUGAUCAUUGGCGAUCGUCAGACUGGUAAGACCGCUCUGGCCAUCGAUACCAUCAUCAACCAGAAGCGCUUCAACGACGGACAGGAUGAGUCGAAGAAGCUGUACUGCAUCUACGUCGCCAUCGGUCAGAAGCGUUCCACCGUCGCCCAGAUCGUGAAGCGUCUGACCGAUUCCGGUGCGAUGAACUACACCAUCAUCGUGUCCGCCACCGCUUCGGAUGCUGCCCCGCUGCAGUACCUGGCCCCGUACUCGGGCUGCGCCAUGGGUGAAUACUUCCGCGACAACGGCAAGCACGCCCUGAUCAUCUACGACGAUUUGUCGAAGCAGGCCGUGGCCUACCGUCAGAUGUCGCUGCUGCUGCGUCGUCCGCCAGGUCGUGAGGCCUACCCGGGUGAUGUGUUCUAUCUGCAUUCGCGUCUGCUGGAGCGUGCGGCCAAGAUGAGCCCGACGCUCGGUGGCGGUUCGCUCACUGCCCUGCCGGUCAUCGAAACCCAGGCCGGUGAUGUGUCCGCUUACAUUCCAACCAACGUCAUCUCGAUCACGGACGGACAGAUCUUCUUGGAAACUGAGCUGUUCUACAAGGGUAUCCGACCGGCCAUUAACGUCGGUCUGUCUGUGUCGCGUGUCGGCUCUGCUGCCCAGACCAAGGCCAUGAAGCAGGUCGCCGGUUCGAUGAAGCUGGAGCUGGCCCAGUACCGUGAGGUGGCUGCCUUCGCCCAGUUCGGUUCGGAUCUGGAUGCCGCCACCCAGCAGCUGCUGAACCGUGGUGUGCGUCUGACCGAGCUGCUGAAGCAGGGCCAGUACGUGCCGAUGGCCAUCGAGGAGCAGGUCGCCGUCAUCUACUGCGGUGUCCGUGGCUACCUGGACAAGAUGGACCCGAGCAAGAUCACCAAGUUCGAGCGUGAGUUCCUGGCGCACGUUAAGACGAACGAGAAGGCGCUGCUGCAGCAGAUCGCCUCGGAGGGCAAGAUCUCGGACGAUGCCGACGCUAAGCUGAAAUCCGUCGUCACCAGCUUCAUGUCCACCUUCUCCGCCUAAAUGGUGCUGAAGUUCCGUAUAGUUCCCGGAGCAUCAAAUCGUUUUUUUGUUUACAAAUCCCUUCUAAGAAGAGAGCGACAGAGAAAGAGGCAGGACACAGCGCGGCCUCUGGCAAAACCAACAUACAUACACGGUGGUGACAUAAGAUCUUGGCGAAAUGAUGUAAGCAGCUGCAAUAGGGAAAGAGAGAAUGAACACGCGCGCGCACUAGGCUUUGUUUUCUGCCUGCCAUCAUCAGUAAGUGAGCAGAAAGUUUCGUUUUAUUAAUAGUCGCCCAUUUUACUACAAAGCCGAAUGAAUGUUUAGAAUACACACAAGUGCGAAAGUUGGCAAAAUAGAACAUCCUACCACGAUAAAGAUCCGAGGGCGGCACGAACGCGUAUUAGGGAGACACACGUAGAUGGAAGAAUUUAAAUAAAGCGAGCGACAGUCAUUUCCCAGUAGCCCCAGACAAACCGGUAAUGAUAAUAAUGCUGUGUAACCCACCCUUUGGGCUGUUUAGGACGCUGGAAUGACUGAGACAAAAAAAUCGAA